AUGGAAAAUCGAAAGUACAUUGACAACGAACUGACGGGGGACUGGAUAUGCUCGGAUGACAAAUGCGCGAUUGUGAACUCGGCUCAAAGAACACACUGUCACCGAUGCAACAGAGUCAGGCCAAAAAGCACAAUGAAGAAAAAUCCCAAGCAGGUCAUUUUCAAAGGGAACGACUGGAAGUGUGAUGACUGUGGCAACAUCAAUUGGGCCAAGAGAGAAAAGUGUAAUAUGUGUAAUAAGGCAAAAUUCCCCCAAAAGGGAAACGACUCCAAGUCGAAUAAAGAAGUACGGACUGGCAAAGGUGGAGGUCACUACGAUAUUCAAGGAAGUAACGAAAAGAGAGUCCAUGACUCAGACGACGAAGAGUAUGAUGAGUUUGGUCGGAAGAAGAAGAGGAAGAUAGUAGGUUCGUACCCCGAUAAGGAUGUCGACAAGGACAAGGAUAGGGGCGAUAAUGACACAAACAGGGACGCAAGUGGAUACAGCAAGAAUAAAGAAUCCUUUCACAAGAAGGACACCGAUCGGAACAGACACUUUAAUCGCUCCCGGUCGAGGAGUUCCACGCCAAAUAAUUACCAAAAAGGUCGAAGUGGUGGUGGAGGGGCCCAUUACAAGAAUUACGACCGGAGGAAGCAGGACGGGGAUUACAGCGCCGGUCACUACGGUGCAAGUAGCAGGCACGAUAGAGACAACAAGCAUGAUGAUAGAAGUAGGCAUGAUGACCGAAGCAGGCAUGAUGACCGAAGCAGGCAUGAUGACCGAAGCAGACACGAUGACCGAAGCAGACACGAUGUGCGGAAUCGUCAGGGUGAGAACCGGCACGACGAUGGCAGAACGCACCAGAGAAAAACGAACUACGACAGUGAGAGGCGGCACCAAAACAAGGCGAACAGGGCGGACAGCUCCAACGAGCGGCACAAUGACAGGCAAACCGAUUACGACCGAAGGAAGUAUAGACGGGACUAA